GGACCAAUAGGAUGACAUUAUAUGAUCACGUGGCAUCUUCUUUCACUUUCCUGCAAGUCUGCUGUCACCUGCGGUGAAAAUGGUUGUGCUGAAAGGAAUACCGUCACUACUUACACCGGAAUUGUUGUAUGCCCUGGCCAAAAUGGGGCAUGGAGACGAACUGGUUCUUGCAGAUGCAAAUUUUCCUGUCUCCUCUGUUUGUAAAAGUGGUCCCAUGGAGAUACGAGCUGAUGGUCUGCGUAUUCCAGAGCUAUUGGAAGCAAUAUUGAAGCUCUUUCCUCUUGAUUCCUAUGUUGAAUGUCCGGCAGCUGUAAUGGAUCUAGUAGAAAGUGACAGGCAGCGGGGUCUUGUAGUGCCAGUGUGGCCCUGCUACUCUGAUCUUCUGAAACAAGCGGGAUCAGAUAGUUUCACAUGUUCUCCUCUUGGGCACGUGAGUUUUCUCUGGGUUCUCUGGUUUCUUGGGUUCUCUGGUUUCUUCCCACAUCACAAAAACAUGCUGGGGAAUUUUGAUGCAAUUGAAAGGUUUGCAUUCUAUGAGCGUGCGAAGAAGGCUUUUGCUGUUGUAGCAACAGGGGAGACUGCUCUGUAUGGAAACAUCAUUAUCAAGAAAGGAGUCAUUCAUCCUGAAGAGCUAUGCUAAAGAAUUUUGGAAUAUUCUUGAGCUUUUUUUAAAAACACUUCAACAAGUUGGAAUUGGAGAACAGCCUAGGUGUGCUAAUUUACUUAUUUUGUGAUAUAUUCAUUACUCUGUAGGAAAUCUGCAGACUUUAAGGGCCUUCACACUGAGCAUGAUUAAGCGACAUGAAUGUUUGACGGGACGACGCUCUUGAAACGAAACAAUAGAUCUGUAUGGUGCUGUUCACACUGGGCGCAAUCAUUUGUGGUGCGACAAAGCGAUACUUUUUUAUGUCCAGUGUGUGGAUUUUUCUCUGUUGCUCCACGACAAAACGGGCCGUCCAAUUAGAUUUGAGCUUUAGAUCACGUGCAUGGACAUGCUGCUGUUGCACAAAAGGGCGAGAUAGGUGGCGCUAUAGCACAGACAGCUGUUUUGAAAACCAGUGUAAACACAGAGGAAGAUUAUUCCAGAAGAGAGAAGAGAAUGGAUAUUGAGUUCUUGUUAUCAUUUGUCAAGUUUCCAUCCACUUUUUGCACAUUUCUGUUAUCAACAAAGUGGAAAUGCGUAAAAAAAGUUUGUGAUAUUUGCUGUUUCCCACCUGUUUCUAUUCAGUUGGCCUUUUACCAAUAAAAUGGUGUGCAUCAGUUACUUAUGUAUUAAAAGUGCCAUUUUCUCAGUGUUACAGUUGAACUUUUUGUAGCAGAAAACAAUACUCAGUAUGUCAUUUGUUAUUUGUCUUUAUAUCUUUGUUGAAACAUGUCAGUAAUAAAUAUAAUGGGAUAGCAUGAA